CGGUACUGCCGUUGCUGAUGGCGUCCACAUGCACCGUCGCGGUCACGAAGCUGCGCACCAGCGUCGUGCUCUUCAGAACCCUGCGCCUUCUUCCGUUGCUUCGUCCGUUGUGGAGGAGACUUGCGGGUGCAGCACCGAGGUCAUCACCUACUACGGCUCUCCUACCUUGAUUCCCCUGCCGGAGACCACCUCGACUCCCUCUCCCUCUCCCUCCUCCGUGGCUCCUGUCACCUCCUCUAGCAGCAGCACCGUCCCUCCUGCUGAUUUGACCACCACUCUGGAGUCGACCAGCUACACCACCGUGACCGUCGUCACCACCACUCCGUCGUCCUCGUCUGCUCCCGCCCCGGAGCCGGAGCCGGAGACUUCCUCUGCUCCCGCUGAGACCCCCGAGACUCCGGUCUCGACUCCGGUCGAGACCCCCGUCGAGACCCCCUCUCAGGCUCCCUCUCAGGCUCCCUCGGAGACUCCCUCUCAGGCCCCGUCUCCCGCUCCCGCUCCCUCGUCGUCGACCGAGACCCCUGUGGUUGAGAGCUCGACCUGGGUUCCCCAGACCUCGUCGUCGGUCAUCCCCAGCCCCGUUGCUCCCGUCACCACCCCCAGCAGCGUGGCUCCCGCUACCACCAGCACUGCCGUCGUGGAGCUGCCCACCCCUGAUAUCACCAGCUUCACUUCCACUGGUGUCUACACCAUCCCCGCCAAGACCAUCACCGUGACCGACUCGACCACUGUCUGCGGUGCCACCAGCACUGAGCUCCCCAGCGGUACCCACACCAUUGGUGGUGUUACUACUGUCGUUGAGACCGCGACUACCGUCACCUGCCCCUACGCCACCGUCAAGCCCACUGGCUCAACCACCACCAGCGUGAUUGAGACCACCACCUACGUCUGCCCCUCUGCCGGUACCUACACCAUUGCGCCCAUCACCACCUAUGUGCCUACCAACACCGCCGUGGUCUACCCUACCCCGGCCACCUACACCCCGGGUACCUACACCAAGCCUGACCGCACCAUGACCAUCACCAACACUGACUACACCUACGUCUGCCCCGAGGAGAGCACCACCAGCGUUUCCUCCGCCGUGAGCACCCCUGUCGUCAGCACCACUCCCGCUGUCAGCACCCCCGCCGUUUCCACCACCUCGGCCAUCCCCUCGUCCUCGACCAGCUCUUCCACUCCCAUCCCCAGCGCCGUCAACGGCCAGAUGGGUAUGACCUACUCUCCCUACGCCGACGACGGUAACUGCCAGGACGAGGCGGCUGUUCUCAAGAACGUUGGUGAGAUCGCCAAGAAGGGUUUCUCCCACCUCCGUCUCUACGCCACUGACUGCAACGGUCUCGAGUACGUCGGCAAGGCUGCCAAGCAGCACGGCCUCAAGAUGAUCAUCGGUGUCUACAUCGACGGCAGCGGUCUCUCGAAGGCCCAGGAGCAGGUCACCGCCAUCACCAAGUGGGCUCAGUGGGACCUCGUCACCCUGAUUGUCGUCGGUAACGAGUCCAUCCAGAGCGGCUACGUCGAGGUUGGUGCUCUUGCCGACUUCAUCACCACUGCCAAGCAGUCCUUCAAGUCGGCCGGUUUCACCGGUGAUGUGACCACCUCCGAGUCCAUCAACAUCUGGGAGAAGGAAGGCUCGUCGCUCUGCUCGGCCAUUGACGUCGUCGGUGCCAACAUCCACCCCUUCUUCAAUGCCCAGACCACCGCCGACCAGGCCGGUAAGUUCGCCAAGUCCGAGGUCAAGAUCCUCGAGGGCAUCUGCUCUGGCAAGGAUGUCGUCAUCCUCGAGACCGGCUGGCCCAACGGUGGUCAGGCCAACGGUGCCGCCGUCCCCGGUAAGAAGGAGCAGGCUGCCGCCAUCAAGUCGCUGGUCCAGGAAGUCGGUAGCCAGUCCGUGUUCUUCUCCUUUGCCAACGACCUGUGGAAGGAUGCCGGUGAGUUCGAUGUCGAGCGCUACUGGGGCUGCAUCGAGAACUUCAACUAGAGCAAGCACCCUUUGAUUCAAAAUCAACAAUAGCUUUUGUGUACAGGAGGCUUUGGAGUUUUUAACAUUAUUUUCGAUAUUUAUAUUUGAUUUUGGCUUCCUUCCUUCCUUCUUCCUGUCGUCCUUGUGUAUAUGUGGAACUCAACGACAGUUAACUCUUUUUUUUUUCAUAUAUAUUUUUGGUGUCCUUUCCUUUCCUUGUAGGUGCUCGGUUUUCUUUGUUUGUUUUCAGUACUAGUUUCGAUAUAUGAUAAUUCGACGGAGCUAUGAUGGUU